AUGGCUAGCCCCUCUGUACUAGCUUUCGAUGCUGAGGGCCGCCCACUGAAGUUUGAGACCUGGCUCGAUGACCUUCACCUCUUCCUCCAGCUCACUGCCAAGGAGGAUAUCUCACUGUACGAUCACGCGCUAGGCAAUGCUGCUGCCCCUGCUGCUACUGCUGACAGUACUGCCCGUUCACAGUGGCAGACUCGUGACGCCCACGCUCGCUUUGCUAUUCGCAACUCCCUGCCGGUAGAUGAGCGCGAGCACUUUGGCCAGCACAAAACUGCGCAGGCACUGUACACUGCUGUAGUUGCACGCUACUCCUCACCUGCCUCUGCUGCGCUAGGCCGUCUCUCGCUCCCCUACCUGUUCCCAGACCUGGACCACUUCCUUGCUCGCUCCCCCACUGAGCUCACCAUAGACCUGCUCGAGAAGGAACUGCUUGCAGCCAAGACUAGCAUAGUCGCUGUAGCUGCCUCUCGUGGCGACCCCCGCACCCCUUUCUUCGAGGGGUGUUCCCCUUCCCCCCUUCUCCCCUCUGUCGCCUCUGCUGCUGCUGUCGACCUAGUUGGUACUGAGCAGGUCGGGACUGCGUCCGCUCCGAGCUGGCGCCGCAGCGGCAAGGGCAAAGGGGGCAAGGGAGGUGGAGGUGACGGCGGGGGAGGUGGUGGUGGGGGCGGUGGCGGUGGUGGGGGUGGUGGCGGGACUGGAGGGGCUAGUGGCAGCGGUGGGGGUGGAGGUGGCAGCAGCGGAGGAGGUGGCCGGGGUGGAGGCGGUGGUUGGGGAGGCGGUGGACGCGGAGGCGGCAGAGGCGGUGGUGGUCGAGGUGGUGGAGGCGGCGGUGGUGGUCGUGGAGGCGCUGGCGGUGGCCAGAGCCAGCAGCACACUCCCUGUACGUACGUCAUCCGCACUGGUGACCGCACUGGCCAGACGUGUGGGAGGGCGCACACCACGCAGCGCUGCUUCUCCCGCCUUGACGACGCUUGGCGCACUCAGUUCCCUGCUGCCACUGAGCUGCCCCGCUGGGCUGACCUGAUGAAGAAGAACAUUGAUAUCUAUGCUCUUGACUUUGAUGCUAUUCUCACUGCCAUGUAUGUGUUGUCUACUAGUGGAGAGGGUGAUCAGUACCUGCGUGUUCCACCCGACCCGGGCAUUCGGACCAGUGAGGCUGCCGCUCUAGGUGCUUGCGUGUCUGCUGCCCCAGGUGCUGGUGAGGCUGCUGCUCUAGGUGCUUGCGUGUCUGCUGCCCCAGGUGCUGGUGAGGCUGCUGCUCUAGGUGCUAGUGAGUCUGCGCCCCCUGCUUGCCCGGCCAGUUGCUGUCUCCCUUGCUGA